AUGAGGUCUCUGAUCGGUGUCCUGUUGGUUGCCAUGGUGACAGCCCGGGAUCGGCGGGAGGCUGAGCCUGGGUAUGGUGGACAUGUGGUUGACCACGGCAUCGGUCUCGGCUUGGGCCAUGGUAUCCUUCAUGGUCACGGACUGGGACAUGGCAUUGGUCACGGACUGGGGCACGGCAUCGGCCACGGACUGGGGCACGGCAUCGGCCACGGACUGGGCCACAGCGUCGUCCACACUGUUACACAUACACAUGAUGGCGGAAUUAGCCACGGUCAUGGUCAUGAUUUGCACCAUGGUGGCCAUGUAAUAGUCCACGGCGGUCACGGCGUACACCAUGGUGGUCACGGCCUACAUCAUGGUGGUCACAGCAUACACCACGGCGGUCACGGACUACACCACGGCGGUCACGGCCUACACCACGGAGGUCACAGCCUGCACCAUGGUGGACACAGCUACGGUUACGGCCGUGGACACGGACACGGAGGUGGACAUGGUCACGGCGUGGUACACUCCUAUGAGGUAGGACACGGACAUGGAUACAAGGGACACGGAGCUGCUUUCGGGUACAAGACGGCAGUGGAGCAUCCUUAUCACGGUCUGUCCUAUCAGAGGAAACACGCCUAUGUAGCUCCUCACCACGGACAUGGGCAUGGCUACGGCUAUGGAUAUGGACAUUGA